AUGUCGACCCCAAAGCCGUCCGCCAAGGCCAAGAAGCAGGCGCCCCCUUCUGGCCAGAAGUCCAUCCUGGGAUUCUUCCAGCGCAAAUCCGAUCCCUCGCCAAAGCCCUCCGCAGAGCCCAAGUCCUCGCCUACGCCGCUACCCGCCGACUCUACUCGGAAGUCCUCGUCCGAUUUCGUCAAGCCGCAGCUCAAGAAAGCCUCGCCCAGUGCUUUGACUCCCGCCCCGAGCAGCGACCCGGUCGAGCCGUCCAGCCCCGUCCGCAGCGACCAUGGCAGGAACAAGGAAAAUGAAGGCCUUGAGAUCCUCCUGGCGAGCAGCCCCGCCCGCAAGGUUAGGAAGCAGGUCAACUACGCCGAGUCUGACGCCGAUAGCGACGACGACGAAGUCUUUAAGCCCGUCUCUGCCAAUGGCACAAAUAAACGCACCUUGAAGCGGAGGAAGAUUGCCGCCUUGGACGACUCGGACGGCGAUGAAUAUGGUCCAGAUGUGGUUGAGGAUGAGGAUGAUGACGACGUAGAUGACUUCGUGGUUCCCGAUGAUUCCGACGAAGAACCCACCUCCAAGAAGCGCAAGCGCCCUUCUACCGCGUCCUCCCGCAAAGCCUCGAAACCCUCGUCUCCUCCCCCGCCCUCUUCGCCGCCUGUUGACAAUGAUGAUGUUGUUAUGGAAGGCAACUCCUCUUCUACCGCCCAACAAUGGCGCUUCGACCCAGAAAACAUCAACUCUACCGGUGUUCGUCCACCCCCCACUUUUGCGAAGAAGGCGGACGGGAAGAAGGAGAAGGCAUACAAGACAGAGCCAGAGAAGCGCUAUCCUUGGCUGGCUCAGAUCCAGGAUGCCGACAGGAAUCCUCCGGGUCAUCCAGACUACGAUCCCCGCACUCUCUACAUCCCACCCAUGGCGUGGAAGGCCUUUUCGCCCUUUGAGAAGCAGUACUGGGAGAUCAAGUCCAAGUUCUGGGAUACAAUUGUCUUCUUCAAGAAGGGCAAGUUCUACGAGCUGUACGAGAACGAUGCCACUGUCGGCCACCAGCUGUUCGAUCUCAAGCUCACCGACCGCGUCAACAUGCGCAUGGUUGGCGUGCCCGAGUCGUCCCUCGACAUGUGGGCUACACAGUUCGUCGCCAAGGGCUACAAGAUCGCCAAGGUCGACCAGAUGGAGUCCGCUCUCGGCAAGGAGAUGCGUGAGCGUGGUGGUCCUGCCAAGAAAGAAGAGAAGAUCAUCCGCCGUGAGCUUUCGUCUGUCCUCACAUCGGGUACCCUUGUCGAUGGCUCCAUGCUGCAGGACGACAUGUCCACCUUCUGCGUUGCUAUCAAGGAGAUUGACAGAGACAACCACCCGGUUUUUGGCAUUGCCUUCGUCGACACUGCCACUGCUCAGUUCCAGCUCUGUGAAUUCGUUGAUGAUGUCGAUAUGACCAAGUUCGAGACCUUCGUUGCCCAGACCAGGCCCGGAGAGCUGCUUCUGGAGAAGUCUUGCAUCUCCGCAAAGGCCCUCCGCAUCCUCAAGAACAACACCAGCCCGACCACCAUCUGGAACUACCUCAAGCCCGACAAGGAGUUCUGGUCUGCCGACACCACUUCUCGCGAGAUGGAAGCCUCUGACUACUUUGUCUCGCCCGAUCAGGACAACAUCGAGGCUUGGCCCCAGGUUCUACGGGAUGCCAAGGAGAACCACGAGCUGGCAAUGUCUGCAUUCGGCGCUCUGUUCCAGUACUUGAGGAUGCUCAAGAUUGAGCGAGACUUGGUGACCAUGGGUAACUUCUCCUGGUACGACCCGAUCCGCAAAGCCACCAGCCUUGUGCUGGAUGGUCAAAGUCUGAUCAACCUGGAGAUCUUUGCCAACAGCUUUGAUGGUGGUACUGAAGGUACCCUCUUCGCCAUGCUUAACCGUUGCAUUACUCCCUUCGGCAAGCGCAUGCUCAAGCAAUGGGUUUGCCACCCGCUCGCUGAUGCUCGCAAGAUCAACCAGCGCCUGGAUGCGGUUGAUGCUCUCAAUGCAGACACCACUAUCACGGACCGCUUCACGGCUUCAUUGGCUAAGCUUCCGGACCUUGAGCGGCUGUUGUCUAGGGUCCACGCGAAAAGAAUCAAGGCACAGGACUUUCUCAAGGUGCUUGAAGGCUUUGAGCAGAUCGAGUACACCAUGAGCCUCCUCAGCGAGUUCGGUGAGGGUGAAGGCGUCAUUGGGCAGCUCAUUUCUCAGAUGCCGGAUCUCGCAGCAUCCCUCAAGCACUGGAGAGACGCUUUUGACCGCAAGAAGGCCAAGGAAGAUGGCAUUCUCGUCCCGGAACCUGGCGUCGAAGGAGACUUCGAUCAGAGUCAACAGGACAUGCAAGAUGUGCUUGAUGAGCUUGAGAAGCUCUUGAAGCAGUACAGACGGGACCUCGGCUCCACCGCCAUCUGCUACAGGGACAACGGCAAGGAGAUUUACCAGGUCGAAGUUCCCAUCAAGAUCAAGUCCAUUCCCAAGAGCUGGGAGCAGAUGUCGGCCACUGCCAAGGUUAAGCGUUACUACUCUCCGGAGCUUCGCAAGCUGGUCCGCAAACUCCAAGAGGCUCAAGAAACACAUAGCCAGAUCGUCAAGGAGGUGGCCGGAAGGUUCUACACAAGGUUCGACGAGGACUACUCAGUCUGGCUUGCAGCUGUCAAGAUCAUCGCUCAGCUUGACUGUCUCAUCAGCUUGGCCAGAGCAUCCGCUUCGCUGGGCGAGCCGAGCUGUCGUCCCAAGUUUGUUGACAGCGAGCGGGCUAUUCUUGAGUUUGAGGAGCUCCGUCACCCCUGCAUGCUGACCAAUGUGACGGACUUUAUCCCCAACGAUAUCAAGCUUGGCGGCCAGUCUGCAAACAUCGACCUUCUGACUGGCGCUAACGCUGCUGGUAAAUCUACCGUUCUGCGCAUGACCUGUAUCGCUGUAAUUCUCGCCCAGGUCGGAGUCUACCUUCCCUGCACUUCGGCCACCCUCACUCCCGUCGACCGCAUCAUGUCUCGCCUCGGCGCCCAGGACAACAUUUUCGCCGCGCAAUCCACCUUCUUCGUCGAGCUCUCCGAGACGAAGAAGAUCCUCUCCGAGGCGACGCCGCGCUCGCUCGUCAUCCUCGACGAGCUCGGCCGCGGCACCUCAUCCUACGACGGCGUGGCGGUCGCGCAGGCCGUCCUGCACCACGUCGCCACGCACAUCGGCUGCCUCGGCUUCUUCGCCACGCACUACCACUCGCUCGCGACCGAGUUCUCCGGCCACCCGGAGAUCGCGGCCAAGCGCAUGGCCAUCCACGUCGACGACGAGGAGCGCCGCGUCACGUUCCUUUACCGUCUGGAGGAUGGUGUUGCCGAGGGGUCUUUCGGCAUGCAUUGCGCGGCUAUGUGCGGCAUCAAUCCGCGCGUCAUCGAGCGCGCUGAGGUCGCGGCUAAGGAGUGGGAGCACACGAGUCGGUUGAAGGAGAGUUUGGAGAAGGCGAGGGAGGCGUGCUAUGUGCCCCUGGGCUUGCAGAGCGAUGUUGCGUGGUUGUUGAGGGAUGUUUCUGGUGCGGAGGUGGAAGAUGGCAGUGCUGUGGGGCAGAGGGGGCUGGAUGUUUUGAUGAAGGCGAUCGAGACGUUGUGA